CUUAUGAAUAAAUGUAAAAUGAUAAAAAAAAAGGUAUGUUUUUAUAAUACGAAAAUCGGAAAUGUGUAUUCGGUUACGUCUUUGUUAUUACCUAUCAAUCUAUGAGACCAAUUCGCCCCCGCCUCAAAUGAUCUUCAGAUCCGCUACUGUAUUAAUUUUAAAUCAGUAUGAUCAUCAAUUCACAAAUGGCAUAUUUAUUGCUUUUGAUAGGUACAUACUAUUAAAAAAAAAAUAUCAGCUAUAAGUAAAAGAAAACCUAAGAAAACUUUGAAAACUACGAACGAUCCGAGAAAAGAAAUGGAAUCCAAUAUUAACUAUAGAUAUAGCUUUAAAUCCAUUUUUGCUCAAAUUAACAAGAAACUUAUGUCAUACCGACGAUUAUUUUAUGGUGAACCCAUACGGUUUAUUGGCCACAAUAAUAUCACACAAAAUAGCUUGGCAUUGGCUGGACCAUGUUUCAUACAGAUCGGGAUCGGCAUAGAACUCACGUGUUCUACGAUAAUAAUUGGAGCGUUAGCGAGCGAUAAGAGCAAAAACGGACUACAACCCUUGACAAACGAACAAGCAUCAUGGUUCGGUAGUCUUCUGUUCUUAUUCACGCCCUUGGGCAGCGCUCUGUCUUCGAUAACGCUGGGCCAAUACGGUCACAAAACUUGCAUGAUAAUAACCAAUGUGCCGUUCAUAGUGUCUCAGAUCAUGUUCUUUUACGCCAACAGCGUCGGGAUAUUGUAUGCAUGUUCGAUACUAAUGGGACUUAGCGUUGGAUACUCGGGCGGUCCGUCUUCCUCCUAUAUUGGCGAGGUGUGCGAGCCCAAGCUGAGAGGUGCGCUGAUGUCGGCAACGAACGUCUUCUACUACGUUGGCUCAUUACUUUUCACGUUGAUAUACGCUAUCACAUUGGAAUGGAGACUGACCGUGCUCAUUGGCAUGUCAAUCCCAAUCGUGACCAUCACCAUACUAUUUUUGACACCAGAAUCUCCAAUGUGGUUGUUGACCAAAGGUGAACCAUUAAAGGCUCAGCGAACGCUUGGCAAAUUAAGGGGAUGGUCAUCGCACGAAACGGGUUCAAGCAAGGAGUUCAGAGAAAUGAUAGCUUAUACGUCUACUGUGGUACACGGCAGUGAGGACAUCGAUACAGACGAGAAAGGCAUAACGAGUUCUUGGGGACAACUCUUUCGGCCUGAAGUGUAUAGACCAUUCCGUCUGUUACUGGUAUAUAUUUUUUUUGCAAAUUUAUUGUCUGGAAUACAAUACGGACCUUAUUUAGUGGCAGUUUUUACUGAAUUCGGUGCACCCGUUAACGUCGAGUUUACAUUAGCUUUUUCAGUAUUUUUAUCGAUGAUCGGAGGAAUAAUGACGAUAUUUUUGAUUAGCAAACUUGGCAAACGUUUCCUUACAUUCUCGACGUUAUUAAUUUGCUCAAUUUGUUAUAUAUUAAUUGGGUUAAUCGGAGUGUAUUGGACGGACUCAAAAUCUAUUACUUCAUGGUUUGUGUUAAUACUCUUUCUAAUUACUACCUUCAUGUCAUCAUUAGGGAUAAUGCCUAUUGCGUGGGUACUUCUUACCGAAAUAUUUCCAAUGAAAAGUAGAAACAUUACCUGCAGCAUUGGAGCAGCAAUGGGUUACUUAAUAUCAUUCUUCAUGAUCAAGUAUUAUCUUGAAUUGUCCAACUUUGUGAACUUUUACAAUACGUUUACAUUGUUUGGCAUUUCGGGCUUAUUUGGCACCGUAUAUUUCUAUUUUUAUCUACCAGAAACUGAAAAUAAAACAUUACAAGAAAUAUCUGAGUUUUUCAAAUAGAAUAUCUGUUAUCAUUAUUUAAAUACGAAUUGAAUGCACUGACAUUAUUAAUAAACUCAAUAAGGAAAGGUAAAUUCAAAGUGAAAUAGAAGACACUCAACAAUGCAAUAUCUAAACAACCUAUUUAACCUACAUUCAUGUUUUUCGAAGGAGAUCUCUGCACCGUUAGUGUUUACCCUUGAAUGGUCUAGUUUUAAAAUUGAAAUGUAUUUUAUAUGUUACUAAACCACCCUAGUCAAGUUUGUAUUAUUAUAU